UUCCUGCUGUCUCCUGACCCAACGCUAUGGGGCUCUGCCGCGCGCGCAGACGUUCCAGAAGACGAUGACUACCUGCAUAAUCCAGAUCCGAGGCGAGACAAGAAUAUCGACUCAAUGGGGACUAUAUUCACUGCGCGAGGGCUCGCUAAUAUUGGAUGCCUGGCGAUCGUUUUCGUUGGUCUUCUGGGUCUUUUUGCCGGAUAUCCAAUAACUUCAUGGGCAGUGGAGAAAUUUGGGACAAAAUCAACAGUAGCCACAACAAAUGUCUCAAGUAUCACCAAUUUCCCCUCCCUAAUCGAUUCCGAAACCCCUGACUGGGCAUUAACCCGCACCUCCUUCACCGAUGGCGAGACCGAAUACACCCUCGUCUUCUCCGACGAGUUCAACACCGACGGCCGGACGUUCUACCCAGGCGACGACCCAUACUGGACCGCCGUCGACCUGCACUACUGGCAAACCGACGAUCUCGAGUGGUACGACCCUGCCGCGGUCACCACAGCGAACGGUUCGCUGCAGCUCACACUUUCGAAGAAGAGCACGCACGGGUUGGAUUAUGAGGGAGGGAUGGUGCAGACGUGGAAUAAGUUCUGUUUUACCGGCGGGAUCGUGGAGACGAGUGUGGUGCUACCGGGGAUCAACAAUGUCAUGGGGCUGUGGCCUGCUGUUUGGACCAUGGGGAACUUGGGAAGGGCAGGAUACGGCGCUACUUUGGAUGGCAUGUGGCCCUAUACCUACGACGCCUGCGACGUUGGCACGGUUGCGAAUCAGACCAAAGACGGUCUUCCCACAGCGGCUACAAUCAACGGCGAUUCCUCAUACGACGGUGUACUUUCCUACCUCGGCGGACAACGUCUCUCACGGUGUACAUGUUCGGGUGAGUCGCAUCCGGGGCCUAUGCACGAUGACGGGACAUACGUUGGGAGAUCGGCUCCGGAAAUCGAUAUGUUCGAGGCGCAAAUCACCGACGACCUCGGCUACGUAUCGCAAUCAGGACAGUUUGGCCCGUUCAACUACGAGUAUCAAUGGAAUGACACCGACGGAAACUAUAACAUUCCGAACACUACCGCCACAAUCAUGAACACCUAUCUUGGUGGUGUCUACCAGCAGGCCGUGUCGGGCGUGACGCUGGUGGACCAGGAUUGUUAUCAGCUCGCGACCGGUUGCUUUUCCGUGUACGCCGUAGAGUACGAGCCUGGAUUUGACGACGCUUACAUCACUUGGGUCGCACAAAACACGACAGCAUGGACAGUUUACGCCGAUGGCGUCGGUGCGGACGACACAGUCGAGAUCAGUGCACGUCCUAUACCUCAAGAGCCGAUGUACAUCCUCGCCAAUUUGGGAAUAUCGACCUCGUUCACGACAAUUGACUACGACGAUCUGACAUUCCCAGCCAUCAUGCAACUGGACUACAUCAGGGUUUACCAGCGAACAGACUCGAUUAAUAUCGGUUGCGAUCCUUCAGACUUCCCGACAGCAGAUUAUAUCAACACGUACGCUGAAGCAUAUGCGAAUCCGAACCUAACAACCUGGGUGGAUGACUAUGGACAGGACCAACCAAAGAACUCGUUCCUCGAUGAGUGUUAAUCGCCAAAUCAGCCGGUCCUUCGACUAUAUUCGCAAAACAUGCGAGCAUCUGGACAAUCACCCUGUUCAUACUCGAGUCAGCCUCCAGAUUGCAGAGCACCUUCUUGUAGUAUCCCUUUCGCGUGGAUAUUCCAGAUACGGUUUGACCUGCCGGUCUUGUGAAUCCCAUCUGGUCCAUGCAGUACCAUAGCCCUCUUUCCUCAUCCCCUUGCAAACGUCUUGCGGGCAGGUGCGCUGGUCGAACUUCUAUACCUUUUCUCCACCCUUACACCACUACGCAUUCAUACGGAGCUCCUCGUCAACGGCAGACGACGAUCGGUUUCGCUUGGACCUUCAAAAACCGUGACUUCCUCUUUUUCUCGAGUUACUCGUACAUACCCACUUGGCAUGGGCGUCAUUCUUCUUUGCCCUUCGCCUCACUUCUCUGUCCUCAUCGCCAUUUUACGCUGUGCUUCUAUCAUU